AUGGCUGAGGGGGGAGAGUGUGCUGUUGGGAAGCGGGCGGUGGAAACGGAUGAUGCCGGGGUGACGGCGGGUGAGGGGCCGGCCAAACGGGCCGCCACGGUGGCAGAAAGUCCGGCGGUGGAUGCGGCGGAGGAGCAGGCCAAGGUGGAGGCCGUGGUGAACAAGCUGCUUGGCUUUGUGGACAACGAGAAGAAGCUCGUACGAGCGCAGGGCGUGAUUUGCAAGGCUGUUGCGGCUGUCACGAAUGCGGCCUCGGCAGAAUGUUACCUACCCUUGGUCACUGAACUAGAAAAGCGGCGCGACUUGAAGGGGCUGCGCAAGAACCGAGAGCUGUUUGAGGCCUACAGCAAGAUUUUUGCAGCUCUGGACGAGAUGGCGCAGCAUCUCAAUCCAACCUCCCGCUACGUGGUAGAGACGGCUGUCUUUCGAUACCGCUUGGAACAUGAGCUGCAGACGGACGAUAGCUUUCGCUUUGCUGCGGCAGCCAAGCGCGUGCAGCAGUGCCUGGACGAACUGCCCUGGGCCUUUCGUGACUCGCUUGAGGAUGCAGAAGGCAGCAAGGUGCCCAACGCAGAGAACAAGCCCUUGCUCAGCCUCGCGCAGAAAACCGACCGAUGUGCUGUCCUGUGUCAGUUGCUGGAACUACAGCUCGCUCGUUGGCACCAAGCUUUUGUCCGAGCUGCACUGGAGCAGUCGGCCCGCACUGGCGCAGCGCAUCGCCUCCUCUUCCCGGAGGCAGAGCGCGAGCGCUUGGACCAGAUCAAUGACGCCAUCCGCGCCAACAAAAGCAAGGGGACGCUGCACGCCAAAAAGACGGCCGGUGGCCCGCGAAAUGCUGGUAGCUAUGGCACCUGGACCACCUGA